CCACACUGCGCACCUUUGGGACGCUCAGUAUUAGGGUUCUAUUUGGGAAAGGGGAGACUGUGAGGCGGUUUGCGGUUAACGUUUUGACCGGGUUUUGGUACAAUGGCAGAUUGGAAGCUGCCCAUGAGCUACAGCUAUAACCCAUCUUACCACGCAUACGCUUAUGGGCUGGUGUACCCGCCCGGGCCGGACCAAGGCGCCGCCGGGCUCGGCUGGGCGGAGGCGGCGUUCAACCAUGGCGGAGGCUAUUACGCUGCAUCUUCGCCGAAAAGCCCCGGGGACGGCGAAACCAACCCGGGCGAUAUCCGCGGCCCAGUGUUGUGUUUCGCAGACACCCAAGGCCAGAGAGGUCGAUUUUUCUUUCCGCCCAGCUCUGGUCAGCCUGAGCAACCGGGAAAGGAAGGUCAGGGCGCCCGCGGCGAUGCUGCCAGCGACUCCGAGGCCCACACGCCAGACUCGUGGAGCUCGGCUAGCAGCAGCGAUGGCUGUGUUCCUAAGGCCCCUGCUACGUCCUGGGUGGAGAGAAGCCCACAGGAGUACCAGGACAGCGGGAGCCCUGACAGCAGUGAGCCGGUGUCCAGCUCCUUAAAUAUAGAUGAGCCAACAGGGUUCGGUUCGAGUCUUGAAGAGCAUGGGCCACCAUGCACACCAUCUCCAGCCGCACAAGAAACCACGACACAGCCCAAAAAGGCUAAGGCUCGAACUGCCUUCUCAGAAGGCCAAAUGAGUGCCCUCACCCAUCGGUUCAACAUGCAGAGGUACCUCACUCCUGUGGAGAUGAAGACUCUUGCAGGCCUCACAGGUCUGACCUACAAGCAGGUAAAGACGUGGUUCCAGAACCGUAGGAUGAAGCUGAAGAGACACCAGAAGGAGAACGGCUGGGCCUCUGAGAGGUUCCCCAAUACUGGCUACACUGGCAUCCCCCAUCACUCGCAGUUCAUGCCGGAUCAUUACUCUGUGGCUCCGUUCAGGGAGGCAACAUUCAGCAGAAGCCCGCCACAGUCGUCUGGCUACUACAGCGGCUACCCUCAGCCGGCCACGCCACCCAAGCCUCCUGCCCGAGUGCCUGGUAACUGGAGUCUGCCCCCUACUGGCCAUUUUGAGCAAGGCUCUGCUGGCUAUGGCGGCAUUGCUAAUUGUGGUGGUGAUGAUGGUGCCGGUGUGAUAGACAGUCCCACGGGUGUGGUGAUGGUACAGAACACCACCCAGUGGGCCACGUAGCUUCCAAUACUGUGGCUGUUUUAUACAUGCAAAAUUUUAUGCUUUUAACUUUUGUAUAUACAGUCUCCUAAACUCUUGUCAUCUUGAAGACUGCCAUGUUAGUCAAUGAAAUGAAUUUACAAUGAACAACUUGUCUUUAGUGGGUCAGUACCCCAAUUUUUUAUAUUUUUUUUUUGGGGGGGGGGGGGGGGGGGGUUGCAUAACUGUCCUAAGCUGCUGAGUCUAUUUUGUAUACAGCUGUAGUCUAGCUGCAGGCUCCCAUUUCUAAUGCUGUAAAAUCUGCUCUGAACAAAUACUGUAUUAGUACUGCACUAUUUGCUGCAGUUUGCUUACAGAAUCUUUCACUUGCUGUUCUGAUUAAUGGACAAUGUGGAUGUUCUGCUUCUGGGAUAAAUGUCAUUUCAUAGGAUGUUGCUGCAUUUCUACUGUAAAUAUGUAAAUAACACACUGGCUGCUUUUUUAUUUUUUUUUUAAUUUACCCCCAGCCUUCGGGGUCAAUACCAGUUUUAUCUGGCAAUUUUAAUGCAGGUGGAGUUAUGUUUCUAGUCCUGUUAUGGGGUUAAGUGAUGAAAGGGGAUAUUUGCUCCUGCAGAGUGGAAAUAAAGUGGUGGCAGCAGGUUAUGCUGUUCAUUGGAAGUGCUGCUUAAUAGGAAUAUCCUCUAGGUCACUUCCUGUGAUGUACAUGUUCAUCUGGGCAUGGGAGGAACUGGGAGAAAAUUGAUUAUAUGACUAAUGUAGAAUUCAUAGCCAGUGCAGUUCCAAGAUCCCCACACAUAGUAGAAGCCUCCCCAAUACUCCCUCGAGGCACAGAUAUCAACAGCAAUGUUGAAGACCAGACUCCCAACCAUGUCUACAGCCCCCCUACAGAUAUAAUGGGGGGGGGGGGGAGCAGUUCAUAUGUUCUGCCUCAGCUGUGCUAAAGUGUGUUUGGCCAGGUAAGGAAUUUAAAUGUAAAUGUUAAAAGCUAACGUGCUAAAUGCAAUAUGCGCGUCACCCGUACUUUACAGGUGACGGUCCAGUGUCCCAUAAGUUUUUGAUUACAUUGUACUGUGUUGCUCCUAUAAAGGGUAUACUUUUA